UCUAUUUAUUUUUUAUUAGCUCCCAUCCGAAAAUGGCUAAAUUUUACCUCUUACAGUUGUAAUUUUAAACUCAAACUUCAGGAAUAGUAACAUUAAUAGUUAUACUUACAGAAAAACCCAAUUCACACAAAAUUCACAUUCUACGCCCUAUUCUGGGUAUUGAGGCUUGUUUCUCAAUACAGUGCAGUGCGAGUUUAAAGCCCGUUUGUGAGCUUGGGUCACAAAUGACUUUUCAAUUAAAUUGUGGAAGACAAUAAUAUACGUUUCAAUACCAUUUUAAAUUAAUUUAAAAAAAUAAUAUUAUCAAAAAUCUGGAACAAUCUGGCAAGUAGCAAUCAAAAUUCUCUCACUCUCUGAGUGCACUCAAAUAACACAUCACGCAAGUACAAAGGAUGGGGUUACGGGUAACAUUUUGUUUUUCGGUGAUUUGUUUUCUGUUCCUCUCUGUGAAUAUUACAUGUAUGAAUAGAUGGAUCUCUCUCAGCAUCAUGUCAACUGUAAUUAAUGAUAGCAAAGUGUUCUAAUAACAACCAGCAGUGUAACAAGUAGGCCUAACAAGUAAGUAAGUCGUGCGCGAGAGAACUCCAUUAAUGUCCCAAAACGUCAAUUUAUUCGAUAAGAAAAACCGAAUAUGAUUUAUUUGUAAAUGUAAGAGAUAAAACAUCAAGAACGUAAAAACUUUUAUGGACGUAUUUAUGACCGAAUCACUGACAACGAUUUUUAUUGGAGUAAUGUACUGCUAACUAACACUAAUUCCUAGGAUCAGACGAUAUACUGAUUGACUUGAUACACGUGAGGGCGGAACUCACAUCAAUUAAUUUUGCGUUGAAUUAUCAGCCGCUACGUGCGGAAGAAUGCAGUACACUUGGUCGAACCUUCGUGAUCGAACCCAUCAAGAGUGAUAUAGGCUUAUACUAUGUUAGGGAGCUUUCCAAAUAUUCUAGUGAACAAAUCCGUGCUUUAUAUAGGUUAUAUUGCAAUUAGGCCGGUAUACAUCGAACACUUACACGAUGGUUAACUGCAAUGUGAUGUCCUAAACAUCAAGUUAUUGGAUUACAAUAUAUAAAGCUGAUCAGUUUGAAAUUAUGAGUAUCCUGACCACAAAGACAUAACAGGUAUAUGCAUUUGAUUCUUUAGUAAGAGCGCAAGAAUGUCGACGAUCUCGUACAACUCAACUAUAGUAACUGUUUCCCCGGAAAAUCAGCUAACAUUGGGUCAAGAUGCCACUGAAGAAUUUACACUGUCUACCUGGAAACUUGUCGGAGGAUGUAUAUUGUGCGUCAUCACCUUGAUUACGAUUGUUGGAAAUGUUUUAGCUGUUGUCGUACUUACGAGACAGAAGCGAUUCCGAUCACGUCCGACGUACGCGUUUAUAACUUCAAUGGCGAUCGCCGAUACCCUAGUCGGAGUGAUCGUGAUGCCGUUGAGUAUAACAAACUUACUGGGUGGUAAGUGGUAUUUUGGUACAAUAGCCUGCAAACUGUUUGUGUCGAGCGACGUAUGCUUAUGCACCGCCUCGUGUCUGAAUUUGGUCGCGGUUACCUCGGACCGAUAUAUCGCAGUUCUUUACCCAUUCUCUUACCGUAGCAAAUUAAGCAAAACACGCACGAAAUUGAUUAUUUUUUCCGUUUGGUUAGCUUCCGUUUUGAUAUCAUUCCCGCCUAUUCACUUGGGUUGGAAUAAGGUUAAAGGGAGUGAGGAACUAGACCCACACGAAUGUUUUUUAGAGGCUGGUAUUGUUUACACUAUGACAGAUGGACUCGUGUUUUUCUUCCUCCCAUUGAUCAUAAUGUGCGGGAUGUACGUGAAGAUUGCACGUGUAGUAAGAAAAAGUUCUAAAACGUGGAAAGGGAGCAGAGUAUCGAACCCAGAAAACCGACUUGGUCUGACGGUUGCGAUGGUUAUGACGUGCUUUGUUGUUUGCUGGUUGCCGUUCAUGUCUUACUUCACGUUUUCUGGUUUGACUGACUGGGAACCAAGUGAGCCAUGGUAUUCUAUGCUAUUUUGGCUGACGUAUUUUAACAGUACGCUAAAUCCCAUUAUAUAUUGUGGAACAAACACACAUUUCAGAGAAGCGUUUUUAGAUACAAUAUCCAGGCGGUCCAGAGCUGAAAAUCAAAGGAAUUCAACAAUUUUUAGAACACCAGCAUCAAUCAAAGUUCAAUCGGGGCCAGAAACGGAAUGUGAAGUUUACACGAAAGGAAGUCAACAUGUCAAUAACGCAACCAUUAUUAGAAACAACAGAUGUGUAUGAAACAGAGUUAAAACACUGGUAUAUUUGCAUUAUGAGUAUGCUAACUCAUAAUGUAUUGAUUAACAAUUAUAUCAGCCACGUUUGACCUUUAACACAUAGUUGCUUUGUGACACCUUUGGAAACAAAUAAUUGUUAAUACCAACGGUCUGAAACAACAUAUUUUGUUUAAGUUUUUGUUUGUUUUGUUUUUUUGUUUGUUUUUUUUAAAUAUCAUUGUAUUUUGUUGACAUACCAAAGAUGAAGUUGAGUUAUAUUUCACAAAACCAUCGAUGAUACUUCGUAACCGUUUGAAAAAUUUGUAAUCUGCACAAAAUGAUGAAAGAAAAUCAUUAUUAUCAACCAGCAAGACGGAACAACUUGAGUCGACGUCAAAACGAUACUAUCAAAUAUUAAUACACUCUAUUAUUAAACAAGCUUAAUAAGGUUGAUUGGGCGUGCUAAUGUACUGUAUAAUGAAAUUAAACUUGUUUAUUAUACUGAGAACUCGCGAGCCUAUUAAUAUGAUAUUUUGAAAUUAUAGAAUAGAAUGUCGCAUGGUAAUUAGCUUUGGCAUGGAGAAACAGGAUACAAGAUACAGGACAAUUUUAUGUUUUUGAAAAUAUAAAGGAAUUUUGAAAUACACGGGUAUUUUAUUAAAUAUUUUAAAACUACAUCUAUAGUACAAAAACAAUUACAUGAUGAUAAAAAAAAAUUGGCAUACAGGUUAAAACAAUUAUUAAAGAAAGCGUUUAAAGUAGAUAUUAAUUAGUAAUAUCUAAACCAUAUGAUAUCGAAUGUGUGUAGUAGAAGUAGUAAUUGUGUAUUGUAGAAGUAGUACUGUAGUAUAGUAGUAGCAGUAGAAGGAGUAGGGGGAGUAGGAGGAGGAGUAGUAGCAGUACAGUAGGCCUAGUGGUGGUGGUGGACGUAUUAUGGUAGUACCACGGUAUUCGUUCGUUCCUAUACAAUCUUUUAUCAAAUUAAUAUAAUAUAUUCUUUGGUUCAAAUGUAUUUAAUAAUCAAUUAAUAAAUCGCCACUGAUCAUA